AUUGUGGACUAUUUGAACCCAAUUGCAGGCAAAACCCCUUCUCUUGCUCCGGCGUGCGUUAGGGUUUCUUCCUCUUCCAAACUCUAUCGCAGAGUCUUCCAUCUUUCGAUUCAAAACAUGGCUACAACUACGACUAGAUCUUUUCUCCAAGUCGCGGCGACGGAGGAGGCUGCGCCGCCUCUUAGAGUCGUCCAGAUUGAAGGACUGGUUAUUCUUAAGAUAAUUAAGCAUUGUAAGGACCACUCGCCUUCUUUAGUCACUGGGCAACUUCUUGGGUUGGAUGUUGGCAGUGUUCUUGAAGUUACCAACUGUUUCCCCUUUCCAAUGAGGGAGGAGGAUGAGGAAAUUGAAGCUGAUGGUGCUAAUUACCAGCUGGAAAUGAUGAGAUGCCUGAGGGAGGUUAAUGUUGACAACAAUACUGUUGGAUGGUACCAAUCUACAUUGCUCGGCUCCUUUCAGACUGUGGAACUUAUUGAAACCUUUAUGAAUUACCAGGAGAAUAUUAGACGUUGUGUUUGCAUAAUAUAUGAUCCAUCAAGGUCUGAUCAAGGUGUUCUGGCUCUGAAGGCCUUGAAGCUUUCUGACUCAUUCAUGGAACUCUAUCGCAGCAAUAAUUUUACUGGGGAGAAAUUGAGGGAGAAGAAUUUAUCAUGGGUGGAUAUAUUUGAGGAAAUACCGAUCAAAGUUUCAAAUUCUGCCCUUAUCAGUGCUUUCAUGACUGAGCUGGAACCUGAUACUCCUGUCACCCAGUGUGAUUAUGACCGUCUGCAAUUGUCAACCAGUUCAUUAAUGGAGAGGAAUACGGAGUUUUUGAUAGAAUGCAUGGAUGACUUGUCACUAGAACAACAAAAGUUCCAAUUCUACUAUAGGAGUUUGUCUCGUCAACAAGCUCAGCAGCAAGCAUGGCUCCAAAAGAGAAGGGCGGAGAACAUGGCUCGUAAAGCUGCUGGAGAAGAGCCCUUGCCGGAAGAAGAUCCUUCAAGUCCCGUUUUCAAGCCCCUCCCCGAGCCAUCACGGUUGGAGAGCUUCCUCAUAACAAAUCAAAUUUCCAACUACUGUAAUCAAAUCAAUGGGGUGUCAGGGCAGAGCUUUAACAGGCUGUAUUUGAUGAAGGCUUUGCAUGAAGAUUGAGAAGGCAAUUUUUGUCUGCCAUUCUUGUGGUUUAGUCCAAUUUCUUUUCCAUAUAGUACCAAGACUUUUCUGGUGAAUUUGGCUAUAUUAGAGGAUUAUGAUUUUAAGGCGACGCAAUUUUUGUUUAUUUUUGAACCCAUCCAUUAUAUAUGCCUGUAUAAUCUGUUCUUUGGAGAUACAUGCUGAGCCACUUGUUAUUUGAGUUAUGCCACAAAAUUGAGCA